AGAAAAAUAUCCAACCAAGUUGUUGCAUGGAAUAUUCAUGUGCUUUCAAUUAUAUACGGUGAGAAAUUCAAUCUACAUUUAUAAAAUUAGAAAAUUAUUACUCUAUUUUUGCAUAGUCCAACAACAAUGGAGCUAAACAUUGUCUUCCAUGCCACUGCAAUUUUCUUCUUCAUCUUCUUCAUCACCAAAUAUUUUGUUCUCCAACUCCAAUUACAACAAGAUAAAUCACAAAACGGGCCUCUAGCCCUUCCGAUCAUCGGCCACCUUCACCUUAUUAAGCAACCUUUACACCAAUCCCUAUUGAAAAUCUCGGCUGCCUAUGGACAAGUCCUCCUACUCCGGUUUGGUUCUCGGAAUAUCUUCCUCGUCUCCUCUGCCUCCACAGCAGAAGAAUGUUUCACUACUAAUGACAUUAUUUUUGCGAAUCGCCCUUUGCUUCUCGCUGGCAAAUAUUUUGGCUAUGAGUAUUCUAUGAUAGGGGUGGCCCCCUACGGUCCUCACUGGCGUAAUCUUCGACGGUUCACCACCCUCCAUGCCGUCUCCUCCUCUCGUCUCUCCGCCCUCUCCUCCUUCUUCUCUGAUGAGGUCCACUCACUCCUUCAUCAUCUUUUCAUGGAUGUUUCUCCUAUAAUUGAGCUAAGAUCACAUCUGUGGGAGCUCACCAUGAACAUAGUGAUGGGCAUGAUAGCAGGAAAAAAAUACUAUACAAGGGAUACAAGUACUACAUACCCUAACCCUAACCCUAACUCUAAUGAAGUGAUGAAGUUUAGGAGGAUAGUUGAGGAAGUGCUUAAGCUUAGCGAAGCAACAUCCAUGGAGGACUUCAUUCCGGUAAUGAAGUUGUUUUGUGGGAUGGAGAAGAAGAUGGAGAAGCUUGGGAAAGAGAUGGAUGAGCUUCUUCAAGAGAUGGUAGAGGAGAGAAGGAAAUCAUGGAGAUUGAGAAGCUCUCAAGAGAAAGACAAAGACAAAAAGAAAGAAGAAAGGAUUCUCAUUGAUGUCAUGCUAGGGUUGCAAGAGACUCAACCAGAGGAGUACACUGACAAGCUCAUCAAGGGCAUGAUCAUAGCAAUGAUACUAGCCGGAACAGAGACAUCGGCAGCAAGCAUAGAAUGGGCAAUGGCACUUCUUCUCAACCACCCACAAACACUUGAAAAACUCAAGUCUGAGAUCAAACAACACAUUGGACAUGAACGUCUAGUGAAAGACACAGACAUCCCUAAACUCAACUACCUCAACAAUGUCAUUAAAGAAACCUUACGCUUGUACCCUCCAGUUCCUCUCCUCAUUCCUCAUGAAUCCUCAAAACCAUGCAACAUCUCUGGCCUUCAUGUCCCUGAAAACACCAUCCUUUUAGUCAAUGCUUAUGCCAUUCAAAGAGACCCUAAAUUUUGGGGCACUGAUUCCAUGGAGUUCAAGCCAGAGAGGUUUGAAGGAUAUCAUGAUGAUGAUCUUGAUGAUAAAGGGUUGAAGUACAUGCCCUUUGGGUAUGGGAGAAGGAGGUGCCCUGGUGAAGGGAUGGGAAUGAAGGUGGUGGCUUUGGCUUUGGCUUCUUUGGUUCAGUGUUUUGAGUGGGAAAGAGUUGGAGAGGAGAUAGUGAGCUUGGAUGAAGGUCAUGGCCUUACUAUGCCUAUGGCUUCUCCUUUGCAUGCCAAGCUCAAGCCAUGCAUUGAUAUGGUUCAUGUCCUUUCUCAACUAUCAAAUUAAUUAAUUGUGGGUCUUUGAUCAUGAUCUAUUCAAUGUUAAAUAUUGCUAGUUGGUUGCUUUA